AUGGCGGCGGCCAAGAGCUCGACAGAUCGGAACGCAAACAUCCCAGAUUACGAAUACACUGAUGUUAACACCAAACCCUUUCACAUCGGCUCCUUCAGGAACGAGUGGCUGAACAGACUGAAGCCGAGCAACUACUCCUUCCAGCAGGAGGACGAGGACACGUUUGACGCUAAAUUUGCGAAAGACAUGGGGAUCGGUGCGGAUACCCUGGCUGCACUGAAAACCAUCUGCAGUCUUGAUUCACUCCGUUGCCACCCUGAUGAUCAGGAGCCGGAUACAGAUGUUGUACCUCCAGAUCCAACACUGCAAACACUAAUACAAAGAAAGAAGAGACAAGAUUACAAAGCUUCUCUGAAGGUCAGCAAGAAUAGACACGACCUCUAUGCAGAUGAACUGGAGCGUUUAACUUUCAGUAGGAGACCAGAAGCAGUGGCUGACAUGAUCCCAGAAGGAGAGAUUAUUCUAACCAUCAACGUCUACUACCCGGCUAUUACUGAGAAAUUCAACUACGUCAGACCCCACAUGACUCUGCUGAUGACGGGCUCCCAUAGCUUGGCAGAGCUCAGAGAUGCCAUCUGCUGUGUCAGCGACUUGCAAGUGUGCGGAGAGUUCAGCAACACGCCGGAUAUGGCUCCAGACUUCAUCAGCAAAGAUCAUUACAAAUCAGCUUUCUUUUUCUUCGAAGGAGUUUUCUACAACGACAUGCGAUUCCCAGAGUGCCAAGACAUCAGCAUGACUACCAUAGAAUGGACAAAGGCCUGCAGCUUCCCACCCUACAGACAGGCCAAGAUGGAGGACACACGAUUCGAGGAUUUGACAGUUAAAGUGGGCUUCCCGUACCUCUACUGUCAUCAGGGAGACUGCGAACAUCUCGUCAUCAUUACAGACGUCAGACUGACCCAUAAGAACGACUGCCUGGACAAGAAGCUGUAUCCACUUCUCACACACAAGCACAGGGUCCUCACACAGAAGUGUUCCGUUUGCCACGUCUACAUUGGCAGAUGGUUUACUACCAAUGACCAGUUUGCUCCAAGCGACCCGUGUCUCUUCUGUGACAAGUGCUUCCGGAUGCUGCACUACGAUGCUGAAGGCAACAAGCUGGGAGAUUUCCUGGCCUAUCCCUAUGUGGACCGAGGCGCAUUUAACUAAAGGAACUGCUCAAAUAACUGAUUUAAUGCUGUAUAAUACAGUUCAAUGUUUUAUAUUUCAGAAAGAAAUGUUUUGACAUUUGGGAACUUUAUAUUUCCUUUCAAAAAGUAAAAGUUUGUGUUUUGAUUACACAGACUAUCUUGUUUGAAGUAAAUGGUAACAUUUACUUAAUUUCUUCAUGUUCAAGCUUAUUCAUUUAUUAAAAACUGAGAUGUAAUAGCCCAGUAAACAGUCUCAUCACUUUAGUGCUUAGCAAAUACUCAAGCUAAAAUUACUAGGCUGUGGAUCUUUAAUCUGUCUAACCCUGAAAACAUGGUUUCAUUCACUUUACAUAUUUUCCCAAUGAACAUUAAAUGUUAAUUACUAUAUGCACAUAAAUUGAAGUUAAAGUUUAGGUAAAUAAAUGUCCUUUGUUAUAUUUAAGAUUUUAAUAUUCCAAUUCUCAAUCUGCAUCCUCAAGAUUGAUCUGAUUUGAUUGACAUCUGCCUGGCAACAUAAGCAACAGUAAGUAACAUGAAACAGUCAAAGUUCAAUAAAAACCUUCAAACUUCA